AUGUCACAGAAUGGCAAACUGAACCCCAGCGAUGAUUAUCAUCAGCAAUCCCAAAAUACCCAACUAGAAGAGGGUAUCUCAAAAUUCGACGCACGAGUUGAUUCCGGUUUCGUGCGAGACGAGAGACCAAAGUCUCGCAAAGACAAGCAGUCCAUCCACAACAAGAAGUCUCCAGAACCGAGGAGGUUCUAUCUCGGGACAUCAUCUAGCUCGGGAGAAAACAGUGAGAGGAACAGUGGGAGCGAGUCCUUCUACUCUUACGAAUCAAUGAAUCUCGAACAACUCUUCCACUUCGGCGAGUUCAACAUACCCGAAGAGUCGCUACCUCCUCUGUCAAUACGGGGCAGCACCAGUGUCCCAAGAACCAGCUUUCCCGACCCAGCAACUAUCCCCAUCAGCGAACAUGCCAGCUCUUCGUCAUCCUCCUCCUUCCACGAAAAGCCAACAACCGUUGUAAAGCCACAAGGGGCCCCUUCCCAACUUCCCCGCGCCAGCAGCAUAACCAGCUUCGGCUUCAUCGAUGAUGGUGAAGACACCAUCAUCUCGUGGGAAGAAGAUGACCAUGAAAAUCCGUACAACUGGUCCUCGGGCAAAAAGGCCGCGAUCCUCUUCACAGCCGUCAUGUUGAUCCUCAACUCCUCCAUGGGCAGCGCGCUUCCCUCCAACGCCAUCCCGUUCAUCGUGGAGGAGUGGAACAUCCAGUCUGAACAAGAAACGGUGCUUCCGAUCUCCAUCUACCUAAUCGGUGAGGCCUUGCACUACCUGAGCUACUUCGAACAAAGACUGACGGACUUAGGAUACGUGAUGGGACCCAUCUUGUGGGCUCCCUUGAGCGAGCAGUAUGGACGCAGGAGACUGAGUAUAGGGACGUUCAUGAUGUUUACUUUGUUUACGCUGGCGUGUGCGCUCGCUCCGCACUGGAUCUCGUUUAUCAUAUUUCGACUGUUUUCGGGCAUCUUUGCUAGUGCACCUAUUGCGCUGGUGCCAGGGAUUAUUGCGGAUAUUUACAAUGAACCGAGAAAGAGGGGGAGGAGUAUGGGCAUUUUCAUGGCUACCACAGUCUUCGGCCCCCUAAUUGCCCCCAUCAUCUCCGGCUACGCCGCCACCACCAUCGGCUGGCGCUGGGCCUUUUGGAUCGGCCUCAUGUACGCCGGCACCACCCUCCUCCCCCUGUUCUUCCUGCUGCCCGAAACCUACGGCCCCAUCCUCCUCCUCCAGCGCGCCCGCAACCUUCGACUCACCAACCCAACGCGCACGUCGUCGCCCCCCGCGAACUCGAAGACAACCAACACUCCCUCUCCGAACUCACCACCAUCGUUUUGA